ACAAAAUCGGAGGCUUGCCUGAAGAGUGUUCCAGAAAGUCGUUUGCCGACCGACUGUUUAACUCGUCUGUCCGCCCGCUCGCUCGCAGAUCUAAUUCCUCGUGUACUUAAAAGAAACAUGGCAAAGUGGGGAGAAGGAGACCCUCGGUGGAUCGUGGAGGAAAGAGCAGAUGCUACAAAUGUCAACAAUUGGCACUGGACGGAGAGGGAUGCCACAAACUGGUCAUCUGAGAAGUUGAAAGAGCUUCUGAUGGGCUUGCAAGUAGAAAAUGACGAAGGCAAGUGUGAAAUUACAGAGGUCAGCAAGUUGGAAGGAGAGGCUUCGAUCAACAACCGGAAAGGGAAGCUCAUCUUCUUUUACGAGUGGAACCUAAAGGCCAAGUGGAGAGGGACCUCGAAAUCAGGAAUCAAAUAUAAAGGCGAAAUUGACGUUCCAAACCUUUCUGAUGAAAAUGAUAAGGAGGACCUUGAUAUCAGUGUGUCCCUUUGCAAAGAUGAGCCUGACACGCCACUGUUUACUCUGAUGAGAAAGGAAGGGGCAGAGAAAGUCCGCGAGGCACUGAGCAGCUACAUCGAGCUUCUCAAAACAGAGUUCACGCAGGGGAUGAUCUUACCGACAGCCAAUGGUGUGACCAAACAGCCGACCUCUCAAUCAAAAGUCAAGAUGAACGAUACCAGGAUUGGCUCAAGAAACACAGCUCCUCCUUCCUGCACAGGAGUAAAGAUCCCUACUUGCAAGUUCAUGCUGAAAGACACUUUCCUUACAUCUCCAGAGGAGCUUUACAGAGUUUUCCUGAACCAGGAGAUGGUGCAGGCGUUUACACACACCGCAGCUGUGGUUGACCCAGAGAAAGGAGGAAAGUUCCGCCUGUUAGACGGAAAUGUAUUCGGCGAGUUCCAGGAGCUGGUUCCUGAGGAGAAAAUAGUCAUGAAAUGGAGGUACAACACGUGGCCAAGUGAGCACUAUGCGACAGUGACUCUGAACUUUAUAGACAAGGGCAACGAGACAGAGCUGAAAAUCGAGUGUCGAGCCGUGCCAGAAAGCGAAGAGGACCGCACACGAGAAGGCUGGCAGAGGUACUACUGCCAGGCCAUCAAACAGACAUUUGGCUUCGGUGCACGACUCUGCUGAGCUGCAGCUUCAACCAUCACUAUUUUGGCAGAUUUUCUUUUGUUGUUGUUUUUCUUUUUCCAUAUGUACAAAUGAGCACCAGGAAUGUGACUCUACUGAAAAACAGACUUAACAUUGCACCACGUUCUACCUUUCUGGUUUUGGUAUCUGUGUUUUAAAAAAAAAAAAUCCAAAAAUCAGAAAAGAAAAUGAAUGCAUAUUAUAUAAUUGACCUGGAGCAAGAAAAAGGGAAAGUUAAGUCCUGCUUUUCAUGUAUCAUCUGCAUAUGUGUAUAAGAAAUGUUUUUAUUGUAGCGCAGUAAGAUCUACAUGUGGCACUCUCACCUCCUGACCUUGUCUGGACAGGGGCAGACUUGACUAGUGCCUUCUUUGGAAUAAGAGUUUAAUUUAUGGAUUUACAGCAAAGACUUGCGUCUUGUAGGACUGAAAAAAGCAGAAUAAACUGUCAAACCACUAAUCUGCUAUCUUUUGAUUGGAUAUGACAAAAACAGUAGAAAUAUCUUGAUUUCUAUAAACGUUUGUCAACAUAUAUGCCAUUAUAAAAAAAAAACGGAUUUGCCGACAUUCAUUCCCAGAAAAGGACCGAGGCUUGUAUGUACAGCAGGCUAUGUAUUAGAAUUUGUGUGAAUGUGCAAGUUGGCAUUUUUUUCCCUGCUUUUGUAUUCAGUUAAGUACUGUAUUAAUUUUCCCAGAAGAUUUUGUCUGUACUAUGUAUCUCACGUCAUUUAAAUGAGACAUCAUGCAGAAGAUAACCACAGAAAAAUUGUCAA